AUGGAGAGGGAACAACAAACCUCUGAUAACAUUCAGCUUCCUGCUGGGUUCAGAUUUCACCCAUCUGAUGAAGAACUCAUCGUCCACUAUUUGAAAAACAAAGUCACUUCAAGUCCACUACCUGCAACCAUCAUCACUGAAUUGGAUCUCUACAAGUAUAAUCCAUGGGAGCUGCCAGCCAAAGCCUCCUUUGGAGAAGAAGAGUGGUAUUUUUUCACCCCGAGAGAUCGGAAGUACCCGAAUGGGAGCAGGCCUAACAGAGCAGCUGGUUUGGGUUACUGGAAGGCUACAGGAACUGAUAAACAUAUUUUCAGUUCUUGUGGAACAAAAAGCAUUGGGGUGAAGAAAGCACUUGUGUUCUACACAGGACACCCUCCAAAGGGUGUCAAGACAGAGUGGAUCAUGAAUGAGUAUAGAUUGCUUGACACAACCAUGUGGUCUUCAAAGCAAAAAGGGUCUAUGAGGUUGGAUGAUUGGGUGCUAUGUCGGGUUCGACAAAAAUGCAACAGCAGCAGGAGCAUUUGGGAAGAUCAAACCAGUCCUCCUAGCUAUAAACUAGGUGCCUACACCAAGCAAGCGGAUGAGACAUGUUCAAAGGACACAAACCCUAGCAUCGAAAUGGUCAGAAACUAUCUGUACAAAGAUUGUCCAAUGUUGCCCUACAUUUUUGCCUCCCCUGAACUUCCAUACACUAAAACCACUUCAACCAUAAGCUUUCAGGGCAGUGGAGACACAAAUUCUUGCACUACAAUUCUAGAGAACGAUUCAUCGAAUAAGAACAACGGGCAGCUUUUAGCUUCUUCCCUUGAAAGUUUUAUCAACCCUUUCAAGAGAAAGCCUGCAGCAGAAGGAAAUGGACACCACCAGAGUUUUGUUACACCAAGCAAGAGGAUAUGUAGCAGAGAAUAUCAGGAGGAAGUUAGCACAUUGAUUGGCCGGGACGGUUGCGCAAUGAAUUCCUGGGGAGUAGACCAGUCUGGAUCAGCUGAAAAUAAUUUCAAUGCAGAUCAAUGGAGCUCCAUGAUCCAAUAUCAAGAACUCAGUCAAUUAAUUGGCUUUCAGUGCAAGUGA